AUGAAGACCUUGUUCUGGAUGCAAGCGAAGGGGCAGUACAUGACUCAUGUUGCUCAGAAGGAGAGCCGUCAGCACGACAAACUGAUUAUGAGGAAGUUCGAUGUGCACAUCUCUAGUGGGUCUGAGCAAGACAUUACUCCUGAAGCUGCUUGGAUGAAAAAGAAGAAUCUUGAGUGGGCUGAGUCUGGCCAGGAGUUUGAUGAGGAGACAGAAGACGAGACUGAUGAGGAGGUCGCCAUUUACCAGCCCCUCGCACAGCCAAGACCGGAUCGACCUGCCCCUGCGACUCCACCGCCCUACAGCCGCCGCCUCGCAGUCUCACCGCAGACGCCUCGCCCCCGCCUCUCACGCCCGUCGCCGGUCCCGGCACUGCCCCGCCUCGCCGCCGCACCGGAUCUCGCCGCCGUCGCCGUCGCCGUCGCCAUGGACAUGGCAGCGAUGAACGACCCGGAGAGGCUCUUCUUCUUCUACCUCGCCUGCAAGACCGCCAAGGCCACCUACGACGAGAACCCGCUCGACGCCGACAACCUGAUGCGAUGGGGCGGCGCGCUGCUGGAGUUGUCGCAGAUGCAUAACGGCCCGGAGAGCCUGAAGUGCCUCGAAGAUCUUGGAAAAUCUUCUAUACCCGGGUUAUGGGGAUCCUCCUGUACAACCACGUACAUCAUUUUCCUCCGUUAUUGAAUCUUGAUUUAUAACCACUGCACACAAAUAAACGUGUAAACAAUACAAAGAGGAAUUUUGUGUAGGCAACAACCAACAAAUUCAAUAACUGACUGUUUUAUUUCACAAUAUCAUAAGCCACCAAAGCUAUAUAUGAGUGCUAGGCUCGGACAAUAAGCCGCCGCGGCGAGGCGACGGUUCUACUUCAGCAAUAGCAACCUCCUCCACGAUGGUCUUCGGCAAGCGAUGAUCGAUGUGACUGAUGAUGAUGUUAUGCAUGACUUUUAAGCGCUACAUGUGUGGCUCCCAAAUUGGAUCAUAUCUUUCGGCGAGAAUCUUCAAGUAUAUGGCCUUCGCUUUGUGUGGUCCUGUCUGCAAUUUAGAGUUCCUUGACUUCGAGGAGGAUCAUAAUAUCUUCAAAGGCGCCAACAAGGAUAAUAAGCCAGGACGAGGGUUGGACGAAGUUUGCAGUACUAUAAGAUAUUGGUCUUCAACCAAAUGCUUUAACUGCAGUUCUAGCCACAAAGGCAUCUACAAAAUAUUCAUGUACACCGUAAUUAUGCAACAAUAAGAUCACAACUCCAUCACUCUCAUCAAUUUAGACUAAGUUCUGUAAUUAGAUUGUUGAUUUUUUUUUUAUGUUUUGGUAGUAGGUUAUGUUCUUCAAGUACUUCUAAUUCGAAAAAACUCUAGCCUCUGCGAUAGCGGCCCCUGGCCGCCAGUUUGUGGAAUGAGAAUGUCCCAUUGAUUUUCAUAUCCACAUGAUUCUCCUAUAUUAUUUUAGUAGUAUUGGUUGA